GACGCGCCUGGCCCACGGGCUCUCGGGCGGCCCUGGCCGGGGAAGAGGAGUUGCAUGUGUCGCUUCAGCGGGCGGUAGCGGCGGGAGCGGAGGCGGCGGGGCCUGUGCGACCGCCCGGGGUUGUGAAAUGGCUUCUGACGUUUCCGAAUCCGGCGGUGCUGACUGCAAAGGAGACCCUCGGAACAGUGCCAAGCUAGAUGCGGGCUACCCACUCCGCGUGCUCUACUGUGGAGUGUGUUCAUUACCAACAGAGUACUGUGAAUAUAUGCCUGAUGUUGCUAAAUGCAGACAGUGGUUAGAGAAGAAUUUUCCAAAUGAAUUUGCAAAACUUACUGUAGAAAAUUCACCCAAACAAGAAGCGGGAAUCACUGAGGGUCAAGGAACAGCAGGGGAAGAAGAGGAGAAGAAAAAACAAAAGAGAGGUGGAAGAGGUCAAAUAAAACAGAAGAAAAAGACAGUACCACAAAAGGUUACAAUAGCCAAAAUUCCCAGAGCAAAGAAGAAAUAUGUGACAAGAGUAUGUGGUCUUGCAACUUUUGAAAUUGAUCUUAAGGAAGCACAAAGAUUUUUUGCGCAGAAAUUCUCCUGUGGUGCCUCAGUAACAGGGGAGGACGAGAUCAUCAUUCAGGGAGACUUCACAGAUGACAUCAUUGACGUCAUUCAGGAGAAGUGGCCGGAGGUAGAUGAUGACAGUAUCGAGGAUCUUGGAGAAGUGAAGAAGUGAUUCCGACACUUGUCUGUAUUUGAUGAUCUGAACUGAGAAUUGGAUGGCCAAAGGGAGAGAGGCCUUUUAAAAUCUAUGUAUUCAUCCUGCAGUAAGACUGUAGACGACCUUCGUUCUCGGCAUCUUCACUGUCCUGUACGAGGCUGCUUGUUUUUUUAUUGCCAAAGUCUAAUGAACAAGGGAGACCGUCAUGCUUAUGCAGGAAAUAGAAUUAGUCACAAUAAAACACUUUGGUCGUUUGGUACUGACUUUUUCUCUUUAGCUUUUCAUUUUUGGAGAAACACUGUCGACCUUGUGGGAAGCAUCUCUGUUGAUUAUUUUACUUCACAGUAACAUGUCUCCUGGCUUCCGUGGUGGGAGUUCUGAGGUGGCUGAGCCCUGGUAGACUUGCGGUUGAUUGGCCUUCAUUUUGCCAUGGCAGUCUGCUUGGCGGACAUGACAGCGUCCUCCUGGUAGGGACAGUUCACACCGAUCUGGAGAUACCAUAAACUCUUUAAAAGCCUUAAGAGCGUGUGUGCUGUCUGACCCCCGUGCUAAAGUAGUGAUCAUCUUGCCUAACACUUAAGGAUGAGAGGGUUCCUCACAGUGUUGCUCAUAAUACCAAAACAUUGCAAGUGAUAGCAGAUGAACAGUUGGGACAUGGUUAUGUAGCAGAAUAUUACAUAUAUGUUUAAGAAUCCUAUUCUCCAGGAAUACUUGGAUGUUUGAUAAUCUUGAAUGGGGACAGACCCCAAUCCACAUUUCUCUUCCUUGUCAUUGUCCUGGGCGGAAGGCCAUACAGAAAGGCCGGAGUCCCUGCUCUCACUGUACGCUGUGUGAGGAAGGUCCUCCUAAUUAAAAAGAGCAUAUGCCCGCCUCAGUGUGGUCUGAGAAACAGCCAGAGACGAGUCUUCUCGCAAGAGAAACCUUGGUAAUUUUAAAAAUGAAUGCAUUGGAUGAAUUUGAACUUAGAGUCAGGUGCUGCAGAUUGGAGACUUGUGGUAUUUUUAAUUGCUGUAAACACCUUUAAGAAACUUAGAACCCAUGAGCCCAUUGUUAUUACCAUGCAAAUAAAAAUUUUGGAUUUUUUUUAAUAGUUUUAGAAAAAGAUGUGUAAUAAAGAUGUAAGUUGUAAAAUGAAAA